UUGUACCAUUUUAUUCCUAAUCUUAUGGAAUGAUGUAGAUUUUGUCAAACAGAUGGUCCAAAUUAUUUUCCAAUAAAUACAUAUGUAUACUCCAGAAGCAUGAAAGGGAGGGAAACUUGUAUUGAAUAUUUGGCAUUUUCUGAAAGAUGGCGAAAAGGCGAUUGCUGCUGAUGUUGAAAUCCUUGGAUAUACACCCAUAUUCCCAGUUGGACCUCCUCUCCCGCACCACCACACCACGGGUACUCUUCUUCUUCUUCGUUUUCAUUCGAUACCCACCAAAAAUUUGGAAAUUUUUGGCUGAAUGUGCACUUCUCCUUCCUGGGGUUUUCUCGUUUUGGUCUCUUAAUGCCCUUUUUCAUCCGAUCAAAACUCAACGCUUUGGUCGUUUUUUUGUCGUUCCGGUUUUGGGUUAUCUGGAGAACAGGCGAAAGGUUCACGAGGAUGCCAUAAACUUUUGUCAGGAUGUUUUGCGGAAAAAGGUGGUUGAUUGGCAAGCCAUUUGUGGUAACAAUCUAUCACAAGAUUCACAACCAAUUCAUAAUGUGGAUUUGGUUGUUACCAUUGGUGGCGAUGGGACUCUUUUGCAGGCCAGCCAUUUCAUGGACGAUUCUAUUCCUGUCCUGGGGGUGAAUUCAGACCCCACUCAAGUCCAAGAGGUUGAAGAGUUCAGUGAAGAAUUCGAUGCUUCUAGAAGCACUGGUCAUCUAUGUGCUGCAACAAUUGGGAACUUCGAACAAGUGCUAGAUGACAUUCUUGACGACCGAAGAACCCCUUCCAAUUUAUCAAGAAUGUCAAUAUGUCUGAAUUCGCAACUGCUGCCAACCUAUGCUCUUAAUGAUGCUUUACUUGCACACCCUUGUCCAGCAACAGUUUCUCGGUGCUCAUUCAAAAUUAAGAGGGAAGGCCACCCCUGUUCUCCUCUAGUGCACUGUCGAUCAAGUGGUCUUAGAGUCUCAACGGCUGCUGGAUCUACAGCUGCAAUGCUCUCUGCAGGCGGAUUUGCAAUGCCCAUUUUGUCUCAGGAUCUUCAGUACAUGGUACGAGAACCCAUUUCACCUGGAGCAGCCUACUCAAGCUUAAUGCAUGGAUUACUAAAACCUGAUCAGUCUAUGGUUGCAUCAUGGUUUAGUAAAGAUGGUGUAAUAUAUAUUGAUGGUUCUGAUGUUUCCUACUCCAUCAAAUAUGGGGAUACUAUUGAAAUGUCUUCCAAAGCCCCGGUUUUGAAAGUUUUCCUGCCUCACCACUUGUUAUCAUAGAGUAGAUGUGCAGAACAGAAUAAAGAAAUGUUGGUGUGAGCAGUGUGUGAAAUGUACAUAUGAGGAGCUCUCAUAAAUAUACAAAUGACAGCAUACUAGAGGUUACUUCCUGUUCCUACUGCUUUUCCUUUAUUUUUUUGGCCCCUUGUUAUCAGGAGAGCGUCUAAAUUAUAAUGUGAAUAUGGUUUUUCUUCUCAA